UCCCAUCUUCCUCCGCCUCCACAAUUCCUUGGCUUCAACCAGCUAGCUUUUAGCUCACGAAGAUGUCGAGCAUAGAUUUCCAGCUCUCGGCUCGCGGCCGAUUGGCCGUCCUCUCGGCGCACCUGGCGGCUUCGAUCGAGCCGCGGGAUCACGAGGCGGCGCCGCCGAUCGUCGAGCCGAGCUGCGUCUUGGCUCAGGACCGGGUCCCGUCUCCCGGGAACCUCAGCGGCUCUUUGACCGUCGUCGACGAGCGCACCGGUCGUAGGUACCGGCUUCCGGCUUCGGAAGAGGGCACCGUUAAGGCCGCCGAUUUUAAGCAGAUAACAACUGGAAAGAAUGACAAGGGACUCAAGCUUUAUGAUCCUGGAUACUUGAACACAGCUCCUGUUCGGUCGUCCAUUUGCUACAUCGAUGGGGACGAAGGGAUACUCAGGUACAGGGGCUAUCCAAUUGAAGAGUUGGCCGAGAGUAGUUCCUUUAUGGAAGUGGCUUACCUCUUGAUGUAUGGAAAUCUGCCUUCUGAAAGUCAAUUAGCAGACUGGGAGUUUGCUAUUGCUCAACAUUCAGCAGUUCCACAAGGAAUACUGGAUAUUAUACACGCAAUGCCACAUGAUGCACAUCCAAUGGGUGUACUCGUCAGUGCAAUGAGUGCUCUUUCUGUCUUUCAUCCUGAUGCCAAUCCUGCUCUUAGAGGCCAAGAUCUUUACAAAUCAAAGCAAGUGAGAGAUAAACAAAUUGCUCGCGUUCUUGGAAAGGCGCCAACUAUCGCAGCCGCUGCCUACUUGAGAAUGGCAGGAAGGCCUCCAGUUCUCCCAUCUAGUCAUCUUUCUUAUUCAGAGAAUUUCUUAUACAUGCUGGAUUCAUUGGGUAAUCAUUCUUACAAACCUAAUCCUCGGUUGGCACGGGUGCUAGACAUCCUCUUCAUAUUGCAUGCUGAACAUGAAAUGAAUUGUUCAACCGCUGCUGCUAGGCAUCUUGCAUCAAGUGGUGUUGAUGUGUACACUGCACUUGCCGGAGCUGUUGGAGCUCUCUAUGGUCCUCUUCAUGGCGGAGCAAAUGAGGCUGUGCUUAAGAUGCUGAGUGAAAUUGGAAGUGUGGAGAACAUUCCGGAGUACAUAGAGGGUGUGAAAAAUCGGAAACGAAAAAUGUCGGGCUUUGGUCAUCGUGUGUAUAAAAACUAUGAUCCUAGAGCAAAAAUCAUAAAGAAACUGGCUGAGGAAGUAUUUUCCAUCGUUGGUCGGGACCCUCUAAUUGAGGUUGCUGUUGCUUUAGAGAAAGCAGCUCUGUCAGAUGAGUAUUUUGUGAAGAGGAAGUUGUACCCUAAUGUCGACUUUUACUCUGGAUUAAUCUAUAGGGCAAUGGGAUUUCCGACAGAGUUCUUCCCUGUUUUAUUUGCAGUACCUCGAAUGGCUGGGUACUUGGCUCACUGGCGCGAGUCCCUGGAUGAUCCUGAUACAAAGAUCAUGAGACCGCAACAGGUCUACACAGGAGUAUGGCUGCGGCACUAUAUGCCCCUCAGAGAGAGAGCGGUAUCCACCGAAGCCGACAGGCUCGGUCAGGUGUCUGUUUCAAAUGCUUCGAGGCGGAGGUUGGCUGGAUCGGGAGUUUAGCUGGGGGCCUUGGAUUUUCCUUGAGAAGUCGGAAGGGAAAACUAAGUGUACUUAUAUAAAUUAGGGGUAUUCUUAAAGAUGCUCGUUCAUGGCAACCCAAUAAUUUCCUGGACAGUCUGGUGGUGGGGUGCAUGGAGGGUUUACGUGAUAAAUAAAGCUCUGUUAGCUUGUGUUCUG